CUACCUUCCUACUGACUUAUCUACAUUCCUUACUACCUACCUAUCUACCUACCUACCUUACUACGUUCGUUCCUUCCUGCCCUCCUUCUUAACAACCUACCUUCCUUCCUUCCUACUUAUCUAUCUUCCUACCUACCUUUCUACCUUCCUUCCUUCAUGCGUUCCUUCCUACCUUCCUUCCUUCCUGCCCUCCUUCCUACCAACCUACCUUCCUUCCUACUUACCUAUCCACCUACUUACCUUCCUUCCUACCUUUCUGCCUUCCUUCCUUUCUACCGAUCUACCUACCUAUCUGCCCAUCUCCCUAUCUAUCUUCCUUCCCUCCUACCUACCUGCCUACCCACAUACCUUCCUUCAUUCCUUCCUUCCUGCAUACAUACCUACCUUUCUACCUUCCUUCUUUCUUGCCCUCCCUCCUACCAACAUACCUUCCUUUCUACCUGUCUAUCUACCUACUUAGCUACUUAUCUACCUACCUACCUACCUCUCUGCCUUCCAUCCUUCCUACUUAUCUGUCGGUCUGUCUGUCUGUCUCACUCGCCUUUUCUUCUCUUUCAGGUGUUUUGGUGCAGCUUUUUGCCAUUGCCGCCCUAGUGGAGGCUGCAGGCAUGGCGGCUUGACGCCCCCAUAGCCCCGCCCCUCCGACAGAGGAAGGCUGCAGAGCUCUGUGUCAUGCCCCCUCACACACACACCCCUGGGGGCAUCGGCCUGCCCCCACCCGGCUCCACCACCCACCACCUGGCCAGACCAGUCUUCCUCUGUGUCCUCUGCCUCCUGGCGACGCUGCUGCCGGCAGCCUCCUCCUGCCCUCCUCCCUGUCUCUGCGACUCAGACAGCCUGGUGGUGGACUGCGGGGGCCGGGGUCUCUCCUCCCUGCCUCCCCUUCACCUCCUGCCUCCAGGGAGCCGCUCCCUUCUGCUAGCCAACAACAAGCUCGCCUCGUUGGGAGCCUCUGCCUUCGCUAACCUCUCCUCUCUGGAGGAGCUGGACCUCUCGAAUAACUACCUGGAUAAUUUACCAGCUGGAUUAUUCAGAGACAUGUCCAACCUGACGAGACUGACUCUGCACAACAACUCACUAACAGUAAUGGACAGAGAGCUUUUCCAGGGUUUGGGGGGUCUUCAGAGUCUGGAUCUGUCACUGAAUGGUCUGUCCUCUGUACCGCUGGGGCUACUGGAUGAGCUGCAGAGCCUCAGGUGGCUGUCCCUAGCGGGUAACAGGCUUCACGGUUUGGAAAGGGCAGCGUUUGAGCCACUUGCCAACCUACAACACCUGGAACUGGGACACAACCCCUGGGAAUGCGACUGCAACCUCCGUGAUUUUAAACACUGGAUGGAGUGGCUGCUCUACAGAGGGGGGAAGGUGGACGCGGUGGAGUGCACGCUACCGAAGGAUCUGCGUGGGCGAGACAUCCGUGGCGUCCCGGUGGAAAUGUUCAACUACUGCCUACAACUUGAGGAUGAGAACGGGGGAGGAGGUGAGGGUUCCCGUUCCGGACAAGGAGGCGGUCCUCCCUGCAGCAGGAACGCUCUUAACCCCAGUGGGGCAACACCAAUUUCUGACAGCAGCAACACUGGUGAUGACUCCUCUUCAAACACAGGAGGUGGUGGAGGAGGAGGUGGAGGUGGGGAGCCUCCGUCGGAUUGCGUACGCGCUCGUUACCGACCCGUGAGCGUGCGCCGUGCCAUCGGCACAGUGGUGAUUGCUGGCGUGGUGUGCGGCAUCGUUUGCAUCAUGAUGGUUGCAGCCGCGGCUUACGGCUGCAUCUACGCCUCGCUGAUGGCAAAGUACCAGAGAGAGCUGAAGAAGAGGCAGCCGCUGAUGGGAGACGGAGAGGCAGACGGGGAGGACAGGGAGGAGAAACAGAUCUCCUCUGUGGCCUAAAGGAGUGACGGGACGGGGGAGGGCUGGCGUGUCAAAGGGUGAAGGUUGGAAGGGGUGAAAAUUAAAAAGGGCUCAAAGAGGAGAGAGAUGGAAGAGCUUGUUUUAUGCACACAGACAGUUACGGUAUCUCUCCCUCUGACUCUCAAACUGACACCUUUCUCCCACUUUUUGUCUUCCUCUCUUCGUCCUCUUUCUAUUUUUAACCUUCUCCCUCUCUCCAACACCGCACAUACACAUACCUUAUCUGUUCCCUGAUUUUCUCUUCCAUUUGGAGCCAUUCUCACUGCAGUAUUUGUUACCAAUCAUCCCUCCAACUCGCCUACCAACCACCUACUGCUGCUCUUGGCUGCUGCUGAAUUUACCAUUAUAUUGGCUGAGAGAGGAAAAAAGGAUUCUCUCUAGCAUGAAACAUAUCAUUUAAGCUGUUACAAGACACUCGAUGUGUACGGUCAGUCAGUGUUUGUAAAACUGGAUCGAAUUUUCAGGGAUUUACAGUAUGUACGGUGUCGAAUGGACCAAUAUUCACAAUGAUGAGAAGAGUCUGUGGUGUGAGGUAGUGCCCAGCUCUCCUUUUGUCUGCAUCUUUCUCCUCCUCCACUUCAGAAGUUCGUCCAAAAAAACAGUACCCCAGCCAAGAUCCCUUCACCCUUGUCUGGCCUAAUGCUCCUCUGACAUUCCUUUGUACCUCCAAGUCCCAAAGAAACAGGCACUGGUGGAAGUCUUAGGGGAAACAAAGGCAACUUAAUGAAUAAACUCAAAGAGGUGUCUUUUAUGUAGUCAACGCCUCUAAUAAAGAUUAUGAGAGGAAAUCAAACACAGAGUCUCCUGAGUGUCACAUCUCUUGAGACUUGUUAGAGAUGUUUAAUAUGGAACAGGAAACUAAUUGGAUCGACAAAAUGAUCAUUCAUGGAUGGCGAGACCUUUUAAAUACAUGAAGUCAGAGACAACAGCUAGAUAUUCUCCCCUAUUCGAUCACGUCUGUUUCUCCCCAGACCGUCUAUGGACCUAUAACAUCCUCCAGAUGUCACAGACUCAAGAGGAACACACCAUUUAAACUGGAAUUUGCUGUAUUUGUCACAUUUGCUUGGAAUAAGCCUCUUGCUUCCUUGAUGCUUGUUAAAUGAUUGCGAUCGAUUUCUGGACAAAUCAAAAGCCUCUUGUCGUGGUUAAAAAGCAGUCAAGCUACUUUUCCGGUACCUCUUGGACUACGCUUCAACGCUGAAAAGUAUUCACAAUUGUUUUAAUGAAGUUAUGGAAAUUAAAAGGACCACAGACUUUGCUUUAAUACAAAUAUUCAUUUACAGACUGAUUUCACCCCUCAGAGGUGAAUGUUUGCUACUAUGGCACGGAAGCACUAUCUCAGAGAACCCUGUCUCCUGGCAAGGACUACAAAACUUCAUCUAAGGACUACAAACUUCAGACUCCUGCACUUUAUUUCUCUAAUCAGAUCCCCUCUGGCGUCCCGCUCCCUCCUCCCCUCCCUGUCUUUCUUCCUAAAAUGGACGAUGUGCCCAGAGGGAUUACAACGAACAAGGGAUUAAACAAAAAAGACGCUGCUAUUUUUCCCCCUCCUACGCGUCCUUUUAUCUCUCCAUCCAUCUUCCAUCCUGUGCUAUUUAUGGAAAGUAUUUCACACUUCCUUAAAGACUUCCACCUCCUUCCUUUCCUUUCGUCCAUCCCUUCUCCCAUAUUGUUGUCCUUGUGUCUCUCCUCAAAAGUCAGCAAUAUGCAAUGGAAGUCAAUGUCACCACGCAUGGAAAUCCUGUCACCGCCAAAGAGUCCUUCUGUUUCAUAUGUUGUAAUCAUCACUUAUUCUAAAAGAAUCUGUUUGUUAAGCACUCUCUCAUUAAGUUUGCUUUACAUUCAUAAUUAUUUAUGUCCUGAAAUAUCAAUGUAAACUUCAACAUUUCGUGGUUAGCAGAGCACUAAAUUUGUGUCUUUGGUGAUACACAAUCUCAAAAAUCUGGCUUUCAUUGCAUAUUGCUCCCCUACAGUAAAACUGUUGUACCCUCCCAAUUUUUAAUUGGCUGGAAAUAAACCUAUAUUAAUAGUGUGUUAUCUUAUACCUGGGUAUGAUACAGAUAAAUAUUAUUCUAUUAGUCUCUAAUAUGGUGUGUUGGCCCAGCGAUCCCCCCCAAAAUGUUUUUUUGACGUAACUGUUUCUGGUUUUCUGUAUCAAUUCAUGAUGUAUGUCUUUUGUUGUGUUAAUGACGUCUAUGUUUUGUUUUAGGUUUUAAUAUCUCUGUAAUGUUUAUUUGUCGUGUUCAUUUAUUUGUGUUCAGUAGUUGGUAAAGUUUCUGAAAGAGGUGUAGAGAGAGUUUGGCCAUUGAGAGUGAAAAGGGCCCCAUGCUGCUGCCUUGUCUCUGAAAUUUAUUAGGAUGACAGUAUUUAGCAGAGAAUCAUGAAGGUGACAGAUAUGCUUAUUGUUUUAAUAUAGCUUUUUCCAUGUAGUGCUAUAGGAGUAACUUUAGCUCCUACAAAUAACCUUUCAAUUUGGCAUUGCCGCUGCCUGUGUGGCAGUAUCAAAAUACCAGACAGAACAUUUACAUCUAGAAGAUGUUGGGUUCCAAUUUUUUUCAACUGGAUAUUAUUACAAUAUCUUAACAUGAUAACUGGUAUGGUUAAGCUGUCUUGAAGACAUGGCAACUAAUCCAAGUGGAAAAGGCCUCAGCGAACGUUUAUGGUCCUUGUUAUAUUAAAAAAUGCAAAGGCUAAUGCCUUUAUGGGAUGGGACGUGAGAUAAAAGACACCAGCUCAGGCACAAGAUAAAAUGUUGGCAUUGUCCGUCUCUGAAAACCAUGGACAUCUUACAUUUCUUUUAUACAUAUGUAGUUUAGAUUACAUGUGUAUGAGCUGAAUGUCUAAAGGAUGGGAUGGUGGAUACUAGCAUGACACUUUUUCUAAUGACAGACAGGACAUAUCCAGCAGUCUUUGUAGCAACCAGUCUUGGUAUUUCAAGCCAGAACAUUACAUUUCCUACACUAACCAAGUGGUUUUUGUGCCUAAACCUAACCACAUGUUAACCAUAGCAUUACAACAACAUAAAAGCGCAAAUUUAAACAUCAAGAAAUGUAAAGUGUGAACAUAUCAGCAAGAUAUGAAACAAGCAAAUGUAACAUAUUUGUGUUUUGCAGAAACAUACAAUGCCAACAUUCUGCCGAUUUGGUCAAAGAAAUCAGUGUUGAAGGCGCACAUAAAUCUUGCAGCAUUUAUGAACAUCACACUACUUCUUGCAUCAGCAAUGAUACCCAGAGUAGUUGCAUAUAUUAAUAAAUAUUUGUAGGAGAUGAAGCUGGUCUGAAGUCAAGAUGCACAAAAACCUGAAGAAUUAUUGAUCUUGAAUUGCAAAUGAAGUCAAGAUGCACUUCAACAACAGCUGCCAUCUCACUGGUAUAAAGUGAUGAAAAAGAACUAAUUGAUGACUUCAAAUUGGAUAUUUUAAAGGGAUUUAAAUGUGUACCGUGUAAACGUAGCCAUGAAUUCCACAGGGACUUUGGGGCAGUAACUGGAAAAAACAGACAAUGGCUAAACUCUGUUUAUGAACCUAGAAACACUGUCCUCUCACCCUCUGGUCUGCAGGUCUUGUGUUGUUGGUAGCUAAGUAUCUUAGCUAGCUGAAACCUGUUCCUAUAGCCUGUGCGUGUAAAGAACAAUAAAUUAUAGUUUGUUACGUAAAAACUGCAGCAGUCAUGAUGACUGAGGGCCUCAAAGACUAUAUUGCCCGGAAAUCGAUGGUGUGUUGUCUUAUAAUGAUGAUUGUGAUUAUGACAAUGAUGAUAUGAUGGUGAUGAUGAAGCAUUUCCUGGUCAAUAUGCAUUGAUUUAAAUAAAAACAUGUUACACUUAUGUCAAAUUUAAAUCCAGACCACU